AUGGUUACCCGGCCCAGGGCCCAGUCGGAUCCACUCCACACACAUAAGUACCGCUACCAUGUACAGCUGAUAAAUCUCAUUGAACAAGUCUAUGAGCGCAACCAGGAAAGGUCUCCCCUCCUACGUCUCCCAGCUGAGCUGCGCAUGAAGAUGUACAACUAUGUCUUCGAUGCUGGCAGCAUCAGCCCAAAGUAUGAGACACAGGAUCACCGCACCUGGGAGUACCCGCGCACCAACCUCUCGCUCAUCCAGGCCUGCCGCCAGACGUGGUUUGAGGCCAGACUCUACCCCUUCACCCGCAACGUCUUCAGCGGCUACUCAGAGCAUGUGAUUGAGAUGCUCUGCAAGAAUCUCACACGCAGCCAAGCCAACGCCAUAUCCAGAGUGAGUCUCCUCGUCGACGCGUUCGCCAUCUAUCGGGAUGGCAAGAUCCCGCAUUCAGGCCUCAAACCAUGGAUCAUCGUAGAGCUCAGCGACUUGUGCAAGUUUAAGGGCCUCAAGGAGUUGGAGCUCGUUUGGUUUGGCAGCGAAAUUGAGCCUGUUCAAGUCGCGUUGCAUCAGCAAGUUAGCGAAGUGUUGGAAAGAUCGGGCCGCACAGAUAUUUUACUCACUGUUGUUCCACAACCUCCACCAUCACCUCCUCCUCCUCCUCCGACGGAUUGA